GUGCGGCUGAGAACGAGACGUCGCGUCCGCAACGGAAACACACUCUGGCUUCAUUCGCGUACGUGUCAAUAUCAAGCGGUCAGCUGCAGCAAAUGCGACCCCUAAGCGAGUGGGCCGUCGAGCACGACAUGAACGGUUGCCGUGACGGCAUCCUAGCGCUCGCUCUGUUACCACAUGCAACUCUUGGGUUACAUGCUGAGGGUCUACGAUUACCAGUGCGCUUAGUUACCCACAGGUGCGAAGAAGGCAAAUGCAAGUCCAGCGAGCUGUGUAUUGUGUACCACUCAAUCAACCUUGUGGGCUUCGCCGCCAUCACCGUCAAUCUCUGGGAACCGCGUAACGGUCGUGCUUUGACAACCCUUUUCACAUGCUUUGUGUGUCUCUCGUCCGCCGCCUCAUUGCUUCGGCCAUGACCUUCUCCCACCAUCUACCAAUAGGCAAGCUACCGAGCAGCAAUGAGUUAGAACGUGGCUUCUUUCCGCAGAUCCACUUCCCCGCAGUCAUGUUCGUUCAGACGCGCCACGAGCCGUUGACGUAUUC